CAGUAAUGACACAUACAAAAUUGAAUAAUUUGGAGUUAAGACCAACUGGUAUUGAUGCAAAUUAUUUGGGGUCUACUUCAUUCCCAAAUAUAGAAACUGUAGAAUCAGAAUUACAUGAUGAAACACUUCCAUUAGAGUUGUCAGAUUUUGCAAGAAUUAAAUAA